AUGGCCACCCCCGCCAGCAUCGCCGAGGGGCUGGGGAUCGACGGCGAGGCGGACAGGGACCUGCUCUGGCUCGCCGACAAGGCGCACGCGGCCGAGGCGGCCCUCGAUCACUACACCUACCUCGCGACCGUCGCGCGGGUGCCAGAGUGGGCGAGCCCCGCCGACGCGGGCCAGCUGCUGCGGAACGGCUGGUACCGUGCGGUGUGCGCCGCGGCCUUUGAGGCCAAGGAGCCGGGAGAGCUCUCCGUCCAGCAGGGCGAGGAGGUCCUCGUGAACGGCGACCUGCUUCCGCCCGCGGGCUGGGCCAACGUUGCCGCAGCUGGCUUCUCCGACGCGACAGCCUUGCCCGCGGCGGGGAAAUCGGCAAUAAUGGGCGGAAGCAAGCGGGGAGCGACUGCGACGAGGACCGCCAUCGUGAGAGAUGCAGCCACAGGGUUACUGACUGGCUUGUGA